GAGCCCUGCCCGGCCAUGGCGACACCGCCGGUGGCCUCCUCCUCCCCCUCACCUUCUCUCCCUCUCCCAAGGGAGGGAAGAGAAUGGAAGGGAUCUGAUUGGAGCGGUGGAUCUGCGCCCUUGCCGUCUCUUCUUUUCUUCACCGAUUUCAGGAGGAGAUCGAAGUGGGAGGUAGACGAGCAGGAGCGCCGCGUCCGCGACAGCGAUGAGCGACGACCCAGGUUCUCCUCUCCCAUGGCAGGGGUCGGCGAGUGGCAACAGAUGCGGGACACCAACUGGUGGCGCAACGGACAGCGAGAGGCGGGACACCAACUGGGCGCGCCUCUCGCGGCCGACUUCCACGGCGGCGACGUUGUUUACCUUGGCGCCUGCUUCUUUCCGACUCAGCGAUCCCCGCGGGCACCGAUGGACGGCGACGGGCAGCACGUGCGGCCGCGGAGCCGCGCGCUCCUGACCGACGACAAGGAUGACGGGACGUACGCCAGCGACGUGUACAGCGGCAACCUCGCCGCCACGGGAGGGUCUCGUGCUGGCGGCAUCUUGUUGAGUUCCUUCCUUGGGCGGUAG